CGAAUAACGACGGUUUGCCAAAUCUCUUCCAUCUCAUCCGCCGAGCGAUAUUGUUGAUAGCUCAAAAAAUGGAGGACACUGGGAGCAUUAAGCAAGAAGCACAGUCUCAUCCUCCAGGGAUCUUCGAGAUACCGGGGGAGCCUGCGGUUGUUAUCAAUGGUGUGCCUGAUGAACCUCAAACUGAUUGUAUGAUUGCCAAAGAUGAACCAAUAUCAAGUGGCACUGUAGGAAGCGGGGAAUGGCUUGAGGGUAGAGAAGUUCGCAAGUUUUUCUUGGGUCGCUACUAUUCUGGUACGGUGACAAAGUUCGAUAAACAAUCUGGAUGGUACAGAGUUGAAUAUGAAGAUGGGGAUUCUGAAGAUCUUGACUGGUCUGAGCUUGAAGAAGUGCUUCUACCUUUGGAUACCAAGAACUCCAACACAAAUGCGCAGAGUGAAUAUGGUGAAGCAGGACAAAGAGUAAAUGUGAAGGCACCAUAUCCAGGACAUAAACCGGAGAAACUAGUGACCACAACAGUGAAGGCACCAUACCCAGGACAUAAACCGGAGAAGCUAAUCCCACUCGUUGACGACAUAUUGACGGUGGGACCUGAAAUAACCUCAGAGGAAGUUGGGAGAGCCCAAGGAAUUUUCGCAUCGGCCGACCAGAACAACUUUGGUCUGCUUAUGGCUUUCAACUUUGUUUUCACAAAGGGUGAAUUUUCCGGCAGCACCGUGUCCAUGUAUGGCCGGAAUCCGAUAUUUUCGAAGGUGAGAGAGAUGCCGAUCAUCGGAGGUACUGGAGCAUUCAGGUUCGGAAGAGGAUAUGCACAAGCCAAGACUUUUACGUUCAAUACUACCAGUGGAAAUGCUGUGGUCAAGUAUAAUGUUUAUAUUUGGCAUUAAUUGUUGACUUCUUUGGUGCUUUUCUAUUUUUCCGUCGAAAGAUGAUAAAUUUGGAUGGAUACAAAAAGAAAUAAAAGGUUGGUAUGAAUAAAUGCCUCUUUUUCUAUUGUAGUUGAAUUGAUUUUUGAUUUUGAUGUAUUUGAUUGUAAGAAAUUGUGGU